UUUGAAAAUGUCUGCUCCGAAGGGACUCCCUUAAGAAAAGAACGCAUGCGACUGGGGCAGACCCGGAUGUUGUUACCGCUCGCGGAAAAGACAUUAUGCCACGCGUAGCGGUCUUCUAGAAGGGUCCCACUUGGGGAAAGAGCAAAGACGAUAGAGUUGAGCCUUGAGCCGCCACUUCCGUCCACUCAGUUCCGAUCUCUGCCGGAGUUCUGGGCGAGAAAGGAUUAGAAAAAAAGGCGGAGGAAGACCGACCUAAGCUGAGUUUUCUCUGGCGCUGCCGGCAGAGAAGCAAGAAGGAGCGACGAAAGAAAGAAAAGAAACCUGAAACUUUGGCCGGAAAAAAAAAAGGAGGCGCAAUCCUUGCUACACACCCGGAUUCGUGAUCUUACCGUGAAGCAGGCGGGGCAGAUAUGGAUGCAGAAACAGCAGGAAGUAUGUCAGAAUACAGCAAGAGUUCCCCAACAAUUGAUGAACUUCACCAGGCUCCAAAAGAAAUCCAGUCUGACUCUGAGGCGUGCUCAAUGGCUCAGGAAUCCCCCAAAACUUCAGCAGCAGAGAUUUCUGUGACAAGCAAUGGAGAAUUGGAAGACAUACAUGAGCUCGACUAUAACAGGGAGCUGAAGCGUUCUUUGCCAGCUGGACUUGGCUUGUCUGAAACACAGAUCACGUCUCAUGGCUUUGACAGUACCCAGGAAGGGGCUAUUGCAGUUGGACCUUUUCAAGGUCCCUCAUCAUUACCCAUGUCUCCUGUUAUAUCGCCUAGCAGUGCUGCAGCCUGCAGACUGGCUGGACAAGGGAAUGAUUUAGUUAUUCCCAAAGGCAAUCCAAGAAUGCAGCAGAAAAGUGGACCCGUUGUUCUAGCAGAGGAAGUAAAGAAUCCAGCUAUGGAAAAACUGGAGCUUGUAAGAAAAUGGAGUUUAAAUACAUACAAGUGUACUCGUCAAAUAAUCUCAGAGAAGCUGGGCCGGGGAUCACGAACCGUAGAUCUUGAGUUAGAAGCUCAAAUUGAAAUAUUGAGGGAUAACAAGAAGUAUGAGAAUGUCUUGAAACUGGCGCAAACUCUAUCAACUCAACUUUCCCAGAUGGUGCAUACUCAAAGACAGCUUGGAGAGGCCUUUGCAGACUUAAGUUUGAAAUCAUUAGAACUCCAUGAGGAAUUUGGAUACAAUGCAGAUACACAGAAGCUACUUGCUAAAAAUGGUGAAACUCUGCUUGGCGCAAUUAAUUUUUUUAUAGCUAGUGUGAACACUUUGGUAAAUAAAACUAUUGAAGAUACUCUACUGACGGUGAAGCAGUAUGAAACUGCCAGGAUUGAAUAUGAUGCUUAUCGUACAGAUCUAGAAGAACUGAAUCUUGGCCCCCGUGAUGCUAAUACUUUGCCAAAGAUAGAGCAAUCACAACAACUAUUCCAAAUACAUAAAGAGAAAUAUGACAAAAUGCGCAAUGAUGUAUCAAUUAAAUUGAAAUUUUUAGAGGAAAAUAAGGUGAAGGUGCUGCACAAUCAACUUGUUCUGUUCCACAAUGCCAUUGCAGCCUAUUUUUCAGGAAAUCAAAAACAGCUUGAACAGACCCUUAAACUAUUCCAUAUCAAAUUGAAAAUACCUGGAGUGGAUGCUCCUUCUUGGCUCGAAGAUCAGUAAUUGAACCACGCACAGAGAUCCAUUGUUUCAGCCCAGGAUCUUCUAUAUCCUGGAAGAAUCAAGAAGCUUUCUAUAAGAAGGACUGUUUGUAGUGAUACUUGCACAAGCAGCUUUAAUUCCUCCCCCUCUCCAAUAAUGAAUACUAUAAUAAUUUGGCAGGGUGGAUGGGUGUAACCAAAUUAAUGUCAUUUCAGAAUCAAAAUAUUUUGUAUUUAAGGGUGAAUGGUUUUCUGUAGUAGGGAAGUAUAGAUUUGCACUGACAUAAAUAUUUGUGAUCUUUGGUAACCGUGGCAAAUAGAAGGUGAGAAAUUUUCCAAAAGAGAUGCUCAUGAUUAUAUAUGAUAUUUUAUAUAAAUGUAUUAAACCUCUACAGAUUCUUUUUCAUGUAACUGUGUUCAAAAGUAUUUUUUUUUAAAAAACAUUAAGGCCUUUGAACAGCUUAAUCCACAAAAUCAGUGACUCACUGACAAUGUGGAUUUGCAAAAAAUAGACCAUUUUUACACCUAGAUCUUUUUAUAUAUGAUUAGAAAACACUAGAGGUUGAGUUUCCAUUUUGAGCUGAAUCCAUUUUUUAUCAUUAUAAAGGAACCACUUAAGAAAGGAGUCUUAGUUGUACUACUUCAACGUUUAACUUUCUAUGAAAUCAUACCUUACUUGUCUUAAAUUCAAAGUGCCUUGUGAACAUGCUUUCUCCUCUUCUAUACAAAAUAACAUCUUUACAAAACCCUUUCUAGAUUUAUGGUUUUUUUUAAAGAGACUAAGGCCAGUCUAGUUUGUGUUCUUCUGUUUGACUCGCAGACCAUGUCACUUGACAGGGACAUAGUCUGUUUUCGAAUCAGUAGCUAUUGCAAGUACAAGUUUGUUACUUUAUCAUAGCUAUUCAAAAUUUAUUGUUUGGAGCAUCAUUGUUUGCACACUUUCUACUGCUUUUUCUGUUUAUACAAAUGAAGUACUUAAAAUAACUUAUCUCAGCUAAACGAAUUGUAUAAUUAUGUAUUAUAUGUUGAAACAAAUUAAGUUGCUUUUAAAUGGUUUUGUUUCAGUCUUAAAGUAAAAUGUUUAUCAAGUAUACCGUAAAUCAUUCCUCAUUGCAUUCUUGUCCAUUAUGGUGUUUUUUUUGCCAGGUUAUUUCUUGAAGUAAAAUUGGUGCUGUUUCCCAGAGUAUGGUUCAUUAUUAGCACUUAUUCACACCAAGAGAAAUUAGCACAAUACAUAUAUACCUAGAAGUAAAGUCUAUCUAGGGCAGGGCUGUCAAACUCUCGGCCCACAGGCCAGAUGUGUCACACGCUGCUCAUUGCCCGGUUUAGCGAAUGGGGGAAAGUCACGAAACGUCACGUGAUGAUGCCGUGACAAUGCGAGUUUGACACACACACACACACCCCAAAUCUGGGGUCUUGCCUAAAACCAAAAAAAAUACUUUGUAGUUUGUUUCUUGUAACUAGAGAUUUAAUGCUUUGAUUUUUAUUAACACUGAAGAAUAAAGUAUCUUAUAUUGUUUCUGUGAUCUUAUUAACUAUAAUAAAAGAAGCAAACUUCACCUCACUUAUUCUCCAAGUAUAAAGCAUACUCGAACAUUUCUAUCAAUGAUUUCAUCUCUAUUCUGAUGCAAACUUCCUGAUUCUAACAGAGUAUUUAGUGACCACACUUUUUAGCUAAUGGGAAACAUGUGACUAUAUCAAAGAGUGAGAGUUGAUGAGAUCCAGCUUGGUAUAAGCACAAAAAAGGUCAUUCAAAGCUAAUUAAUUUUGCUUUUAAUUUUGUUUUUAAGGAAAACUAAUAAAAGCUUGUAACUUCAUUAUAGUGGCUACAUAUCUUAGAAAACUAGAAUCAGAAAGAUUUAUAAGAUUUUUUAAAUUUUGUUAGUAGCAUCUGAUUAUAUUAUCUCACUUUUUAAAAAAAAAUAAUCAGUUUGUCCUAAAGAGUUGCACAACUGGCUUAAUUGGUAAUGUAACAUAAAUAACCUCAUAAUUCACUGUUGCAAAUAAUCAUAAUCCUGAAAAAAGGCAAACCAUUUCUAAAUUUUCAUGGAAAAUAAUUAUGUGAACCUUUCUAAUUAGCCUUCAGGAGCAAAGCUAAUUCAAAGAAAGCUAUAUUUUAUGAAUUUCUAUGCUAGUUUUGCAUCUUUAUCUAGACUCAUUAUACCAAAUAAAUGCAGUUUUUUUAAUUCCUGAAAAAUUAGUCAGAUCGUCAAGGUUCUGAUUGGUCCAAAUUGUUAAGGAAACCUUUGGAGGUAGGUUUUCAAGUGAUCAGACAUGCUGUAUGCAUUGUUACAUUUGAAUAUUAUAAUGAUAUGUCAAAUAUCGGUAAUCAUAUUGCAGUGUCUUGAAUAUUUGAUUUAUAUCCAAGCAAUUUAGGUCCUAGCUUUCAAUUCUUGUAUCACAGAAAUAAAAUGUUUGAGCCAAAAUAAUUAUUUAGUAACUGCAAGCAUUAAAAUACAUACUUUAAUGCUAUUGCUUAUAUGAAACAUAAUGGACAUGUAGGAAAAACGUUUUUUCAAGAUGUUUGGGAAUAAGCUAUUACUUACUGCUGCUAUUAUGUAGAAAAGCAGAGUCUUAAUCUCUGACAGUAUACUUUCAAAACAACCGACAACAUUAAGGAUUGGCUGAACUAAAUUCCACAUUAUACACAAAACGAAUUUAAACCUUCAAUUGCCUGUACACCAUGGCAGUAAUGUUUUGUUUUGUUAUAAUUGAUAUUAAUGGUAGUUUGUUAUUAGUUCAAAGAAAAUAAGCCUUCAUGUAUAUUGGAAGAUUUUUAGAGUGGGUUUAUUUUGGAUGCUAAGAUGUUUCAAAUGGACAGAAAGAUAAUGACUCAUAGCUAAACAUGUAUCUUCCACAUUUUUAAAUACAAUAAAACCCCCAAGCAAUAAAUAUUAAAAGGUUA